UCUUUUUUUUUUUUUUUUUUUCGUAUUGAAAUGCUGCAGCGCAGUGCAUUGCGAUCUGCUCUGACCGUGGCCGUUGCCGCAGCCGAGGCCGCCGCGCCAUCGGCAACAGCAGCCUGCGUUGCUCGUCGUGCUUGCCUGUCGACGUCCGCGCCCGCCGCAGCUGCAUCCACCCUGUCCGCGGGAUCGCAGCGCGGCUGGUCGUCUUCGUCCUCGUCCUCGUCUUCCUCGGCGUACGCAACGGGAGCAGCCGUCGCCGCCGCCCUGGCGCUGCUCGUCACCUCGAACGAGCUUGCCAAUGCUGCUGGCAACGAGGAUGCUGCUGCUGCUGCCUCAGACGCCACCGCCAAGAAGAAGAAGGGAUUCAAGGAGAGCAUUGUUACUCGCUAUGAAAACCGCCUGCGUCAGUACAGCAACCCGGACAAGAUCUUCCGUUACUUUGCCACCAAGGAGCUCGAUGGCGAAGUGUACAUGACCCCGGCCGACUUUAUUCGCUCGGUCAUUCCAGGCGAAAUGCAGCCGCAGGAUCUUGGCCUGGACCAGUUCGAGAAGGUCGAUGUCGAAUCUUUCGAAAAGAAGAUGGCCUCGUUUAGCGGCGGCAAGAACUUUUUCGCGCUUGGCAAUGCUGGACUCCUGUCCUUCUCUGAGUACAUCUUCCUGCUGACCAUUCUGUCGACCCCCGAGCGUCGUUUUGAGAUUGCCUUCCGCAUGUUUGAUCUCGACGGCAACGGCACUGUCGAUCUCACUGAGUUCCAGCAAGUUCAAUCCGUGAUCCGUCGUCAAUUCAGCGGUCGCUCGAAAGACCGCGCGUCAAAGCAAGCCAAGAACUCCGCCUCUGACAGCUCAGACAACUCGCAGGCCAGCGGCACGAUUUCCCGAAGCCCGCUGCUUCUUCAUUUCUUUGGCAAGGAUGGCAGCAAGCUGCUUACCUACGCUGCAUUCAAGAGCUUUGUGCACGACCUCCAGUCCGAAAUCAACAAGAUUGAGUUCCAAUCGUACAGCAGAAACGAGCAGACCAUCUCCGAGGUUGCGUUUGCCGAGCUGCUCCUAUCCUACGCCGAUCUGAAGGAUGAGGAAGAUUUCGUUUUGCGUGCCAAGUCUCGCGAGGGUCAAAAGCCUGUGACGUUCAAGCAGUUCCAAGCGUUCAACAACUUUUUGAAGAAUAUCGAUGACGUUGAGAUGGCUCUCGGCAUGUAUACGGCCGCUGGUGCCUCGAUCACCAAGGACGACUUUAAGCGCGCCGCCAAGGCUGUUGCCAACGUCGACUUGGAUAACCACAUUGUUGAUACUGUUUUCAAUCUGUUCGACAAGGAUGGUGAUGGCAAGCUCUCCAACCGCGAGUUUGUGGCUGUGAUGAAGAAGCGCGCGUCCCGUGGUCUUGAUCAACAUCGCGAUCUGGGUGUCGUCCGUGGCUUCAAGGGCCUGCUGAUCUGCGCCAAGGAUAAAAUGAAGAACAUGGACUAAACAUGCUCGUUGUUUCAAUGAUUCAAUUUGUGGUCCUUUUGUUUGCUUGUCGGUUUUGUUGUGUUUUCACACUGUUACUUUGAGACGUGAAUACUUGUAAUGUCAUGUUGUAAUAAUGCAGUUUAUUUCUAGCCUA